AGCUUCUUAAACUGUGCGAUAUGUGUUUGAAGAAUGUGUCGCUUCUGUUGUUUGUGUGUCUUGUUUUCAGAAUUUCUGGCAUCAUAGCAGAUGUAGAUGCCGAUGAUUGUUAUGAUAACGAGAGAUUCUGUUCGGCUGACGGCAAGUGUAUACCGGCGACAUGGUGGUGUGAUGCUUAUUCAUCAGGUCCAGACUGUUCUGACGGUGCUGACGAAACACAGUGUUCAGCUUCUGACUGUGCUGCAACUUAUACGUUCCAUUGUGGUAAAAGUAUGACGUGUACACCUCUUCACAGCAGAUGUGAUGGCGUGAGUAAUUGCCCAGAUAAUGAAGACGAGGCAAAUUGCAAAGAAUAUAAAUGUUUGGACGGAACUGUUAAAUGUAAAGACGACACAUGCGCACAGGGAGAUAUAUGUGAUGGAACAGAAAACUGUUCGGAUGGAGAGGAUGAAGAAAACUGUGAAGAAUAUAAGUGUCCAUCGGGAAAAAUUAAAUGCGAGGACCAUUCUUGUGUUUGGGGCGAACAAUGCAAUGGAUGGGCAGAGUGCGAUGAUGGAUCAGAUGAAAACAAUUGUCAAGAAUAUGAAUGUCCUACGCAAAAAAUAAAAUGCAAUGAUCAUAUAUGUUUCUGGGGUGAACAAUGUAACGGAUGGUUGGAUUGUAAAGACGGAUCAGAUGAAGACAAUUGUGAAGAUUAUGAGUGCCCAACUGGUACCAUUAAAUGUGCCGACCAUACCUGUACAAACGGAGCAGUAUGUGAUGGAUGGGAUGACUGUAAAGAUAAAUCAGACGAAAAAGACUGCAUUGACUUUGAAUGUGCAGAGGGUCAGAUAACAUGUGCAGAUAGUCGCUGUGCCUGGGGUGAUCGAUGUGAUGGCAAUGAAAAUUGCCGAGACAAAUCAGACGAAGAAAACUGCAACGAAUGUAAGAGUGGUUCUUUCCUAUGUAUAAAGGAUGAGAAGUGCAUUCCAGAUUCCUAUAAAUGUGAUUCUUGGCCGGAUUGUAGUGAUGCUUCCGAUGACGUCGGCUGUGGCGGUUGUGACGAUGAUCGAUUUAGAUGUGGAAACUCACAUUGUGUUGAUGUUGAUAAAUUGUGUGAUGGACAGGAUGAUUGCGGCGAUUUGUCAGAUGAGAGAUGCAACGCUUCAUCAGUUAUACCUAUACCUAUAGAUCUGCCAGGACUGCCAGAUACAGGGCCACAUGUGGGACCUCCUUUAAUAUUACCAACAGCACCAUCUGAAGAUCAUAUACAAUUGCCUGGUAUGCCAUUGGAAGAUUGGUUAGGGCCUUCCAUACCUUGGGAAAUAAGCAGUAAAAGAGUGUCAAACAUUGGAUACAACAAACAGCUUAUGAGACAACGGCUUUCUAGCAGUAACACACGACGACAUGAUUACAGACAGCUUGUGGGAGAACAUGUUCAUAGUCGAACAGGACAUGAUUACAGACAGCUUGUGGGAGAACCUGUUCAUAGUAGAACAGGAUAUGAUUACAGACAGAAAUCAUUAUCUCUACAUGAAGAUCUUCGUCGAACAAAGGUCCACGAUAAUAGAUUAUCAAAGGGAACGGCAAGAUUGAAUGCUUAUCGAAGACUUCAAAUGGCAAAAUCAAAUGCUCGGUCUCUAGCUGUAAAAAGGAAUAGAUUUGCUGCACAGAUGGAGAGGAAAGAAUCAAUUCGUCACUCAUUAGCCGGACAAAAGAUUAAGCACACUUUAGCCGGACACAAGAUAAAACACACUGCACAGGUGGAAGAGGUUGUUCGUCAGCUAAAAGAACUGACAGCUUUAAAAGACAGUAAUGAAAAUGAAAAAGUCCAAGGCCGUGGCGAAAUAAACUCAAAUGAUAUCAGACGCCAUAUGUUAACUCAUGGCCUGAUCAAAGAACAUUUUACUGCACGCCAAUUGUAUGAUGCAAUGAAGUACCUUAGACAGAACGAAUAAGUCGAAUAUAUUUAAUUACAUUACCAAUACUCCUGCGAAUCCAGUUUUAUAGUAUUUGUCAUUAAUUUACUGAUUUGUAUCUGAAUAACUUUUUAGUCCAUGAAAAGUUUUAGUGAUUUAUCUUUAAGAAAAUUUUGUAAAUAUCUAAGAUUUAGAAUUAGAAUUAGUCAAAUUCAUAUUACUGUAUUACUGAAGACAACGCUAAUAAAUUUAAAUUUCACUUUUUUAUUGUUACGCUUUCCUUUUUAAGUCAGUGAAUGUCUUUAACGAUAUCUUAAUGUUUAUGGUUUUCAAAUGAAUUUGCUCUUUCUCUUUAAAUUAAUACACAACAGAUACUUUUCUUUACUUAGAACUUGAAAAUGAAAAUAACACAUUAUAUACGUAUAUACGUUUUCUGAAUUAACCUUCAUCAGGACUUCUCAAACUUUAACGCUUGAAAUCAAAAGGUGUGUAAAAUGUAGAAAUGCUAGAAGCUAUAUAGUCAAAAGGGACAUAAUUUUUUAUAGUUUGUUCUUAUGUUGUACUGUUACACCACUGUCACGGGUUAGGGGAGGGUUGGCGCCUUCAAACUAGUUUAACCUCGCCUCAUUAUGUAUGUGCCUGUCCAAAGUCAGGAGCCUGUAAUUUAGUGGUUGUCGUUUGUUGCUGUAUAUCAUAUUUGUUUUUCGUUCAUUAUUUUGUACAUAAAUCAGGCCGUUAAAUUUCCCGUUUGAAUUGUUUAACAUUUGUCAUUUCGGGGCCUUUUAUAGCUGACUAUGCGGUAUGGGUUUUGCUCAUGGUUGAAGACCGUACGGUGACCUAUAGUUGUUAACUUCUAUGUCAUUUGGUCUGGUGGAGAGAUGUCUCAUUGGCAAUUAUACCACAUCUUAUUAUUUUUAUAAAAGAAAUUGCUAAAUUUAUCUAAGGUAAUUUAAAACUUUGCCUGGGGGUUUGAACCAUAUUUUCCAAAUAAUUGUUAUACUUAUCAACGGUAUAUUUAAGAACAAUGUGUUAUAAAACAUAUUAGUUUAGAAUGUCUGACCCCUGAGCUGAAGAUCGAGGACUAACAGUCCACCAGCAGAGGUAUCGAUCCAGUGCUACGAAAUGAAAAAUAAAACUUUAUAAAUAUCGUGUGUCCUUUUCUGGAUUUACCUUCAUCAGGAAUGCUCGAACUUAAACAUCUAAAAUGUUCUAUAAAAUAAUUUUAACCGGCACAAAUUUGACUUCACAUGAUGCGCAUUUUGACAUGUUUUUUCGGUGAAGUACGAGGAAAAAAAUAUUUGUAAAUCUAAAACAAAAUAUAAACACCGAAGAGCUGAUAAAACCGAAACAGACCAACAUUAUAGCCAAACCCGGACCCAAUCAUGUAGGAGAUACGGCAAUUAGUUUCGAGUGAUACUUUCUUAUGUUUCAACCCUACAAUUUCACAAAAAGAAUCAUACAUUGUGUUGAAUAUUUGUUUUAGUUGUCCUUUUUGUCAUCUGCAGCUGUUUACACCACAUGUUCGCAUUAUCCUUUUACUUACAAAAAAUGUAUAUUCACAAAAUCAAAUUCUUAACAAACGUACAUUAUUUUAAAUUCUGAAUCAAUAAAAUUGGAACUUAUAUAGAAUGGAGAUACAUAUCUCUCUCUCUCUCUCUCUCUCUCUCUCUCUCUCUCUCUCUCUCUCUCUCGUAUAUAUGUAAACUCUCGUUUAUAUUCUCUAUAUAUUCUCAUAUAUAUAUAAACU